CAGAAUCUGACAUUAGUAGAGUUAUUAGAGCUAGCCCAUCAGGUGUGUGAGGCUAUGUCCUAUCUAGAGGAAGUCCAUAUCAUACACGGGAAUCUUGCGGCUCGUAACUGCCUGAUGACAGAUGAGAAAGUAGUGAAAUUAUCUGACUAUUCCAUAGCUCCAUUGUAUCCAGGAGAGUUCUAUCUCUCCAAUGACAAUGUCUCUAUCACAAAAUGGUGGGCACCAGAAAUCUUAGACAUGGACAAAGGAACCACUCCAGCCUUCAGUCAUAAAACAGAUUGUUGGUCUUAUGGCAUUGUUCUGUGGGAGUUGAUGACCAGGGGAGUAACUCCUUAUCCUGAUGUAGAGACAAACAACCUUAAGAAGUAUUUAACUGGAGGACAUCGGUUAAAGAAGCCCCGACAGUGUCCAGAGGCUGUUUAUCUGCUGAUGUUGAAGUGCUGGACGGACGUUCCUUCAGAUCGACCCACAUUCCCGGAGAUCGGCGAGGAAAUCAAACAAUUUACGUCGGCUGAGGAGUCCAGUGAUGCGUCCCAACCAUUACAGACCAAAAUAGAACCCGGGGGGUCACAGGAGUACCUGGGGGUGAUGGGCUGAAGACAUUGGGGUGAUAUGUUGAUGUGAGGCUGGUUUAGGACAGGGAUCCAAGUGUUCAGUUGGUGGAGAUGAUAUUUUGUCUGGCUACGUCAACGAGAAGUCACACAUUCAUGUUUAGGACCUUCUACAACCAAUUUGAAUAGACCUAAUGUUAAAAAAAAAACACUGUGAAGUGGAAGGCUUAUAACAAUCUGUUAUUUUAAGAUUUGCUUCUUUUUAGCUUGCUUUGACAAAACAAAUCUUGAAAAGAUUUUGGAGGUCUGUUUUUAGAAGAUACUUUUGUACUUUAUAUCAAUAAUAUAAACAAACCCAGGUUGAA